CUGAUGUCACCCGCCAGAGCAUCCAGAUCUUGCUGCAGACACAAGGUUUCCCCCCUCUCUCUCUGUUUCCGAAGCUUGUUGGCAACUGGACCAUUCCCUGUUAGCAAUUGCAAGACAAAAGAACAGAGAUGAAUUGGACGACACAGAGGAACAUCAGAAGAAAAUCCCAGAAAGAAUCACCAUGAAACCUCACCAUCUUCGUCAUCGUAAUUAUCAUCGUAUCACCCUCUUCCUAACUCUUUCCUUUAUUGCCUCUGCCACAGCUGCAAUCCACCGUUUGAUCGGAGCAGAAAGCAACCCCAGAAGAAUCCUCCACGAGCCACUAUUUCCGGUGACUUCAACCCCACAGCCGGAAGAGGAAUCCCCACCCCCGCCGGACAGCUCUGUCCUUCCCAAUCCCGACCAGCCAUUCCUUCCUGAGUCUCCCUCUGGCCCGACCCCGGACCAGGUUCAGCCGGCGCCGCCAUCGCCCCUGUUACCGGCUAAUGGCACUGCCGUGGCGAACUCGAUCGCCUCGCAGUCCAGCAAGCCUGCCAAGAAGAAAGUGGCAAUUGCAAUCUCGGUUGGGAUUGUCACUCUGGGCAUGUUGUCAGCUUUGGCAUUCUACCUCUACAAGCACAGGGCAAAGCACUCCGGUGAAUCUCAAAAGCUCGUCGGAGAAAAUUCCCAGAGGUUUCGCGACGAAUCGAGAAUGCCACCUUCAACUUUGCUGUAUAUUGGGACGGUCGAGCCAUCGAGCCGAUCAUCGGUCGGUGAGACAAAUGCAGCAAAUGUGUCUCCAUACCGGAAACUCAGCUCAUCAAAAAGGUCUGAUCGGUAUAGGCCAAGUCCAGAUCUUCAACCACUUCCACCGUUGUCAAAGCCUCCACUUCCAGUCCUGAAUUCGCCUCCGCCAAUGUCAUCAUCGGAUGAGGAGAGCCACGAGACCGCGUUUUACACGCCGCAGGGCUCGUCUGUGAGCAACGAAGAGGGGUCUUACGCGCAUGGUUCACGAUCAAGGCAUCCACGCAAUGGCAAUGGCUUAGUUACUCGGGCUGGAGCUGAAAAUCAUGCCAAGAAUGGUGCUCAUCAUCCUUAUUCUAAGAGGACUUCAGCCAGGUCGUCGCGCCUUUCGGCUUCAUCCCUUGACAUGAAACAAACCAUCAUUCCAUCAAUUAAGGAGCCUCGGCUGUUAUCGCCGCCAAAACAACCAACAGCAGCGCUGCCUUCUCAAGCAGAGAGCCAAGAAUCAAGAUUUAGGCAGAGUCCACAGUCAUCGUAUAAUUCAAAUUCUCCAAGAAGACCAAAGUUCCCUUCGCUGCCACCACCACCUAAUCUGGCACAUCUGCAGGUGGUCAACAGCCAACCAAUGCACGCAUCUAAAAUUCCAGUUCCCCCUCCACCGCCACCACCUCCACCUCCGCCUCCAGCACCGCCACGACCACCAUUAUCAGCACCAAGGAAAUUAGGAGGUUUAGAGACAAGAAUCUGCUCAAUAUCUUCCCAAGGUUUGAGAAAGCCACAACAAUCAGUAAUUCUCGAUUCCAAAGCCAAUUCCAGAGUUGAGAAAAUAAGGAUGGUUGAAGAAGCUAAUAAAGGUCGUAGUUCUUCAGAGAGGACUGAUACUGAUGACACAGAGGAAUUAAAACCUAAAUUGAAACCACUGCAUUGGGACAAAGUAAGGGCAACUUCAGACAGAAUAACAGUGUGGGACCAGCUGAAAUCUAGCUCCUUUCAGUUGAAUGAGGACAUGAUGGAGACUCUUUUUGGAUGUAAUUCCACAAAUUCAGUCCCGAAAGAGACAACUAGAAAAUCAGUUCUUCCUCCAGUUGAACGUGAAAACAGAGUGCUGGACCCCAAGAAGUCGCAGAACAUAGCUAUACUUUUACGAGCUCUGAACGUGACACAAGAUGAGGUGACUGAAGCACUCAUAGAUGGAAACCCAGACAGCUUGGGAGCUGAGCUUUUGGAAACCUUGGUAAAGAUGGCUCCAACCAAAGAAGAAGAAAUAAAACUAAGAGACUAUAAAAGUGACGUCUUAAAAUUAGGGUCUGCAGAGAGAUUUCUUAAGGCAGUACUUGACAUACCAUUUGCUUUUAAAAGAGUUGAAGCAAUGCUAUACAGGGAAAACUUUGACACAGAAGUAAAGUAUUUGAGAAAGUCCUUUGAAACUCUAGAGGCAGCAAGUGGGGAAUUGAAGAAUAGCCCCUUGUUCCUCAAACUCCUUGAAGCAGUUCUCAGGACAGGAAACAGAAUGAAUGUCGGUACCAAUCGUGGUGAUGCUAAAGCUUUUAAGCUUGAUACGCUGUUAAAAUUAGUAGAUAUUAGGGGCACAGAUGGGAAGACAACUUUACUCCACUUUGUCGUCCAGGAGAUUGUCAGAUCAGAAGCUGAAGCUUCUGAUUCUACAGCUGAAAAACUUUCCAAUCAAAUCAAUUCUAAAUUAGAGGAGGAUUUCAGGAAGCAAGGACUCCAAGUGGUUGCUGGCUUAAGCAGAGAACUUGGUAAUGUCAAACUAGCAGCAGGGAUGGACUCAGAUGUCUUGAGCAGCUACGUCUCAAAACUUGAAAUAGGGCUUGAGAAAAUAAGGGUGGAUUUGCAAUUUCAGAAGCCGGACGCACAAGGGAAAUUCUUAGAAUCAAUGGAAAUGUUUCUGAAAAAGGCAGAAGAGGAAAUUGCAUGCAUAAAGUCUGAUGAAAGAAAGGUCCUGUCCUUGGUGAAAGAGGUGACAGAGUAUUUUCAUGAUAAUGCUGCUAAGGAAGAAGCCCAUCCUUUCAGGAUCUUCAUGAUUGUGAGAGACUUCCUGUCCAUAUUGGAUCGUGUGUGCAAGGAUGUAGGGAAGAUGAAUGACAGUGUAAUGGUGGGUUCCGCUAGAUCUUUCCGUAUAGCUGCAACUGCAUCUUUACCUGUUCUGAACAGAUACAAUGUGAGACAAGUUAGUUCAGAUGAAGAAAGCUCAACGCCAUGAACAUAUGUGAAUAUGAUGCAGUGACAUUUUGCGUGAAGCAGUUUUGUGGGUAAUUUAGAUUCCUGAAGGAUUGUGAUAGUGAGGAAGUUGAAGGACACUAUAAGAAAUGGCUCUUAUUAGCAAAGUUAAUUCCCAAUUACACUUUGCAUGAGGGAAAUUUCACCUCAAAUCAAUCUGGCUUUUUCCAGAUAAAGAAGAAUAUAUGAACGGAAAUGGAAAGAAAAGGGUUAUAUGUUAAAUAAGAACAAGCUGUGGGUGUUUCCAUCCAACCACAUGGAAGCAACACCAGAGGUUAUUGACAUUCCAGCAAUCAGGUACCACACACACACAUUGCCAAUAAAGAGGGCUACUCUGGUUUGUGCUCCAACACGUACCAUAAUUAAGAUUGUCUUUUUCAUUUUAAAUACACCUGAGAAGAAAUGUAGAGUUUAAUGCUGUGCGCUUUCAUUUAUUGAUUUCUCAUUGAUUAUUAGGAAAAAUAAAAUGUGCUAUAUAAUUGGGUUGCUUCACAUCUAGACUCACCUUAGUGGAUAGAUUUUAGAUUGUGAUCAGGAAUUAUUACUACAGUGACUGUAUCAAGCAAACAAACAGCUAUUAAGUUCUGCAAACCACAGACGACCUAGCUUUUGGUUUCUUGAGAAUGCCCGCCACUCUAUUCAAAUCUUCUCCACCGGAGAAUGAAGAUCUCAAAUAGAAAAGGAGUAAGCGGGGAAACAAAAGAAGGCGUGCACAAAGCUAUGAACACCACCUGACUG